GUUUUCGAAUGAAUUGAAUUGAUUCGCAUUUGGGAGGAUAAAUUAAAAUCCAGCCCCACCCAUUCAUACCCGACGCACGCCCACUAUUUCAAUUUGGUGUACGAUUUCCCCCCUCAAUUUCUUCUCUUGCCGAAUUCAAUUGAAAAAUGUACAAGAGUAAACUACAGGAGCUCUGCCACCGCCGCAGCUGGGAGUUGCCGGAGUACACCACCGUCAAGAACGGCCCCGAUCACAUGCCGCGCUUCACCGCCACUGUCAAUGUACAUGGCGAGGUGUUUCAGACUCCGGCUCUGUGCAGGUCAGCUAAGGACGCCCAAAAUACUGCUGCUCGAAUUGCGUUCGACCACUUCAAUGUUCCUUCCUCGCCCCGCCUCCACCGACCGCUCCCUUCCUCUUCUGCUCUGCCCGCUGUUGCUUUCCAAUUUAAUGAUGUUUCAGUCCCUGCGCUUCCUCCCUCGCCCGAAAUGCAGCCAGUUGCUGGAGAUCUUCCGCUUCUUACUCUUUCGCCUCAGCCAGUUGCUGGAGUUCCUCUUCCUCUUUCACCACUUCCUUCUGCUCUUCCGUUUCCUCCUCCUGGACUUUUGGCUAUAAAGAAGGACACCAAUUCGAAACCUGCCAUAGAGGAGGUACUACAGCAGAAUUCUGAAGAUACUACAGACACUUCUAUGGUUCAUAGGAGAGCGAUAGGUUCCCACGGACUUUGGGCUAUAAAGAAGGAUACCAAUUCGAAACCUGCCAUAGAGGAGGUACUGCAGCAGAAUUCUGAAGAUACUACAGACACUUCUAUGGUUCAUAGGAGAGCGAUAGGUUCCCAUGAUACGUUGCACAUGUAUAAGAAUCUAUUGCAGCAGUAUGCUCAAAAGCAAAAUCUUGGUUUUCCUGUGUAUACUUCUGAAGCUGAAGGUCCUCCCCAUGCUCGCCGCUUCAAGUCAAGAGUUUGUUUAGACGGAAAAUCAUAUGAGACAUUUGAAUUUUUUCCCACACUAAAGGAAGCUGAACAAGCAGCUGCUAAAGUUGCUUGUCAGAUGUUGUCUGUGGAUGUGGUCCAAGAGGAUGCAGGGUUAUACAAAAAUCUUCUACAAGAAUUUGCUCAGAAAAAGGGUCUUUUAUGCCCAUUAUAUGAGACGGUCAGCUCUGGUUUGUCACACAGGCCUGUAUUUGUGUCUACAGUGGAGAUAGGAAGUGAUACUUUUCGAGGGGCUGAAGCCAAAACCAAGAAGCUGGCAGAGAUGAAUGCUGCUAAAGUUGCUUACUAUGCUCUUACGAGGGGUUGUCCAGCUAGUGAAUCCUCGAAGGUGUCAUCUGUCAAUGAAUGUGUUGUUGCUAAUAUUCUGCCACAGAAUACCCAGCCGGUUGCAAUGAAUAAAAAGCAUCAAGAUGCACCAAAUGAAGAAUCUCAGAUACACGCAAAAAGAGCCAAGUCUUCUCCUAAGAACGUGAAUGCUCAUGUGCCAGGUCCACCACAUAGCACUCCUCCAUCUAAUGAUACAGAUUUGCUUUCUUCCCAAGUGGAGAAUUCAACCUAUACUCAACCUGUUGCCGAGCAACCACUUGACAACCAGCACUUGCAUCAAUGGAAGACUGUGGUCUGUCCGCGCAACUCAAGCUUGCCAGUACCUAAACAUGCUUCCGUGAAGCCAUAUAGCGAUGACAAGUGGGUUGCUUAUAGAGUUGAGCCAUGAACCAACAGCAUAAAUACAGUCAACUUGUUUUCGUGCUUCCUGUCAAAAAGGUGUACUUUAGUUGUCUGGUACUGUUAUUUGGUAUUCGGAAGACUGUGGUCUGUCCGCGCAACUCAAGCUUGCCAGUACCUUAACAUGCUUCCAUGAAGCCAUAUAGCAAUGACAAGUGGGUUGCUUAUAGAGUUGAGCUAGACCAUGAACCAACAGCAUAAAUACAGUCAACUUGUUUUCGUGCUUCCUGUCAAAAAGGUGUACUUUAGUUGUCUGGUACUGUUAUUUGGUAUUCGGACUGAUGUUCUUGAGUAUAAGUUAAGGGGCCUCUUCCUGGAUUUAGUGUAAUGAACUUUCAAGGUUUUAUCAUAAUGUUACGCUAUGGAUCUUUUGCACAGAUUUUCUCUACCGCUCCUGUAUAUUUGUAGGGGAUGAUUGUGUAGACAUUCUGUUUAGGCAUAUUUUGAAAGCU